AUGGACGGAUUGGUCGAAAUGAUAGAAAACCUGAAACUUCAGUUUGAUAAUGAACAGCAGGUAACCUUUUUUGGAUCAGAAAACGUGAUCCCUUCCAAAAAGUGAACAAACAUCAGGUGACCAACAUAUUUCAGUGGAAUCGUUACGUCGAAGGCGACAUUCUCUACAAUGUCACCGAUGAGAAAAGUGCAAACACCGUCAACAGUUAUGUGUCAGAUGGUGGAAACGAUUUGUCAGUUGAGGAGACCCAUAAGUACUUCGAUCUUAUUAUGAAGGUAAUAAUCAAGUGUACAUAUUGGCGGUCUGUAACUUUUGAAUUUUCGGUUUCGAAACUAACCGUUUUUCUAUAAGCAGACAGUUCCAUAAAAUGCGAACCGUUUUAAUUGCCGAUAAGAAAUCAGACGUGUUUACUAUCAGGUUGUUUUCUUGCGAAAUGUGAUGCAACUAGUUUUGUUUGUGAUGCAACCUAAGUUAUUUUUUGGCAGAAUUUUUUGACCCAGGCUUUUCGAAGCCUGCAUUUUUAUGAACUCAGCUUUGUAGCUUUCUUGGAUUUGGCUUGAAGUAACUUGGAUUCAAGGUUCUGACCGGUUGAAUUAUCUGGUCCCAAGAUAUGGGAAUGGACUUUUCAACCGGCCUUUUCCUACUCAAAAGAUCAGGCUUUGGCAGGCCAGCCCUGGGCAAUACUGAAAACUAUUAUUUCAACUUAUUGAUUCCUGGUUUUCGGUCUAUUAGAUUUCUCAAAAUUUCGAAAAAAGUUUUUCCUUUCAGGCGUUCUCCAAUCUCCGUCUGGACAGUAUCGGCAAAACGGACGAGAAAUGGUUGCACAAGGCUGAAAACAACCGCUUGAUCCUUUCAAAUGCAAAAGAAAAAAUAUUGGAACGAUGGACGGGUCUGGUAUUCAAGCAAUGCGGGGUUGAUAACAAUAAAAACGAAAUGGUUUUUGUAUUAGAAAACUUGACUCUUGCUUUCUGGAAAACAUCUGCUGAACGGAAAGGUAUGUGGUCUGGAAUAGGGUAUUACAGGCAAAUGGUUAAAUGUUCAGGGAAAAUCAUAUUCUUCCCAGGAAUUCACAUUGAAAUAGUUCCUUUUCUGCAAUCUAUCCGAGUUGUGCAACACUUCGAACAGCACACAGAUGAGCUUCAUGAAGUGCUCCGGAAAUAUCCUUUAGGUUUAUCGGUCAGAGGUUUUUACGCAAAACAAAUGUGUUUUCAGAAUAUCUGUAUCAAUAUGAAGAACCUGAAGAAGAAGUUGAGCCGUAUGAUGAUGAAUACGUACCGGACAUUUUUGUGGAAGAUAAAAUUGUGGCUAAGAAAAAAAUGAAGAAAAAAUCGACCAAGAAAGGAUUGACGUGAGAAAACUGCUAAUUGUGUGGGAAUUUCAAUAUUUUCUCUACAGAAAUACACUCGAAUUGGCGCUGAAAACGGGGGAAAAACGGAAGAAGAAAAAAGAGCAGUUGUCUCAGAAAACAUUGGUACUAGAUACACAUUCAGCUGAAAAUCGAUACACUUUUUUUCCAGUUGAGUAGAUCGCCUUCGGCCAAUCGUGAAGAGCAUAUCCGAUUCAAUUUAUACUCGGAUGUGACGCCGAUUUUCAAUACAUCAACUACGAAAGGUUUUAGAACACCUUUUAAAACUGAACUUUUCGAAAUAAGUGACUUUUUUCCAGACAAAUUAUCGGAUGGAACAACCCAUAAAGUCGACUUUGGAACCGAGGCAUUUCUAGGUCCUGUCUAUCACAUUUCUUCGUUUGAAUGUGGAAAAAAAUCUCAAAAAUAUGGUUCAUGGGUUCUCACUUUAGGUUUGAUCUGUUCUUUUCCGAUUUUCAGUAUUAGUGACAACUUACAGAAGAAAACAUCGAAGAAAGACGGUUGAAUGGGGAAAGCAUAAUGGUUUCACUGAAAGUUCCAGUGGAGGAAGUGUUCAUGGGGUCCAGUGAGCCAGUUGUCGCCUUCAGUGAUAAUGGAUCAGAAGAUUGGAGAAAGGGCGUCUUCACAACACAUUCACAGUUUGAUCAAAGUACCUGGUGCCAGAAAACGAUAAAAAAAUCUAUUUCGAAUUCAGAUACUUUCAUAAUAACCACUCGUCUCUCAAAAUUAGGCUACGUUUCCCUAUUCCAACACAAUGACUUUCAUUAUCCCUACAAAAAGUGGCACGUGUCUUUUGAAGAAGACAAAAUAUCCGUCAGACUGCACACAAAUGUGGUGGAACUGGCAUUUGUUAUUCAGGUGAAAAACGAUUCCAUUGUCUUACCAAUUUUGUGCAUUUGCAGGGUAGUUACUUCCAUUUGGACACUUUAACGGGAGACGAAUUCAGCAAACUGCGAAAUUUACACCAGAAAAAAAUGUCGCUUUCUGAAGUGAUACUGAAAGUUUGCUUAAAAACUCAAUCGCCUUGACAGUUUGGAGGAUUUCAGCUUGAAAAACAUGGAGUUCAUAUUGUUCCAAAUAGUGAAAUCAUCAACAAGCACAGGGACACUAAAAAAGUCAGUUUUCUUCUUAAAAACAGUGUAAACAGCUUGUCUUACAGGUCUUGGAACUAGAAAUCUUCACCUACCGGAUAAUUUGUUUGAAUCAAAUCAACUGUGAAUCGUGUCGAAUGAACAGUACAGUCUCCAACGAAACCGUUGUUUUGACAGUUGACGGAACUCCGGUAAUUUACUAAUUUUAUUGCAUUUCCACAUGCUUCAAUUCAGAAAAACAUAACCACGAAAUCAGCCGGAAAGUAUGCGGUCAACUUUGGAGAGGCCGGAAAAAAGCGGAAAAUUCAUACGAACGGUGUGAGCCCAGCAACUUUGUUUCAGUUUUUUAUGGUUACUCGACCGCUUAUCGUUACGAAAUGAAUAUAAAUUAUCCCUUGUACACAUUAAAUGAACUUAUUUCAUGUUCCAUUCCACUUCCUGCUUCUAAUUACUUCCCAAACAUGAAGAAACAUUCACGCGUAUUUCCCGUCCGCCACGAUCUCGGCUAAUGGAUCCAGAUUUGUUUCACUUGUUAUCUGAAAUCUUGGCGCAAGAUAAACGGAGAACAAGUUGAAAACCACCAAAAAGUGGUUGGAUAGAGAUCUCCAGGAAAGCGCCAUUCAUAUAGUUUGGUUUAAUUCCGUCAGAAAACGAAUUCAUCAUUCUUCUCACUUCAUUUCUGUCAUGUUCUCGUUUUCCGGCGUGACUCUUGCUCCUUUUAUUCUACUGUUUUCUUGGAGUCAUGGCGCUGUUAUCGAUAAAGAUGGUAACUUUUCCUAUUAAUCCAAGUACCCUCUCAUUUCUAGGAGUUUGUCCCCCGGUUCUUGACAUCAUUAUUUUAUUUGACACGUCCGGCGGGAAUGAUACAGUAUACCAGCAGCAGAAGAAUUGGACAAUUGAGAUUGUAAGAGAACUUCCGAUUCAUGAGGACGCUGUCAGAGUUGGAUUGAUUCAGUGAGUGCAAUUCUGAUAAUUUGCUUUACUUCCAACUUCCAACACAUUUUUCAAGAUAUUCUGAAAACGCCAAAACUGAGUUCAACUUGUCAAGAUAUUCUGAACGAAGUGAUAUUAUCAGACAUUUGGACACACUUGAGUUUCCCAAAGGAGACACUAAAACUGGAAUAGCACUUUACAAAGCAGACGAGGAGAUUUUCAACUAUGCUGGUGGUGCCAGGUUUGUUAGGUUUUACUGUAAAUUUAAAGAAAAAAAAGACAAAAAAGGUUCUGAAGAGAGUGGGAUUCGAACCCACGCCCCCGAAGGGACUGGUGCCUUAAACCAGCGCCUUAGACCGCUCGGCCAUCUCUCCACAUUCUGCCGACCGCUGGGAAUGCGGUUAUCUGAGCGACAAAGUGCGGAAACUUGAUAGAAACCUUAUCAUUCAAAAUUUUGGGAGCAAUUACACACUACUUAUUUUGCAGAUUGAAGGGAAAUCGAAUGAUUAUUCUGUUCACAGAUGGCCUUUCUAUGGAUAAACCCACCAAAGCAGCUAAAACUUUGAGACGUAAAGGUAGGAUUAUUUUUUUACUGUUCUCAUAAUCCUUUUUUGUUUGAAGGUGUAAAAAUCUAUUCGAUUAGUGUGAACAGCAUCGGAUUUGUGCCUGAAAUGCUCGGAAUAGUUGGAGACGCGGAUAAUGUGUUUGGGUAGGGAUUAUACUAAUCUCUAAAAUGUGAGAUUAGAAUCACGAGGUAAAAGUUCAGGCCGACGGAUGGAGAUCGCCUCAAAGAACGGCUUCUCAACGAGGUGGAGCACUCUAGAUCCUGUGAAGUUCAGGCGGUGAGCAUGUGGACACAUACAUAACAAUGUGCCAAAGUACUUUUUCCAGAAAAAAGCAGUGAAAACAACAAGCUCUUUUAGUGCAAAAACGACCGAGUUUUUUCCCGUCCCGACGGAAGUGCUCACUUCAAGCACAAGUUUGAGUUUUCAUGUGAAGAAUGUCACGGAAAGUUCUGGAAGCGCAGAAUCUUUGAAAAGUAAUUCACUCUCUGAAGAUUCUGAUUCCGAUGAAAAUGAAAGUGGAAACAGUUCGGAAGAAACCAAGUCGAACAACAGUAUCGAGGACAUUGGAAUGGAUGACAAUGCGACUUCUACCGUAACCUCACUUCCUUUUGAAAACUCAACUUCAUCUGCAACGUGGAGUGAACCCAUUCAGUUGUUCACCGUGGAAAGUGCACCUGUUAGCGAGGCUCAUCGUCCGACUAACUUAACCACUUUGCUUGUGGACAAAAAAAAAGACAUAAAUUUGACAAAAACCGAGCAAAGUAUCUCUAAAUCCACAACCUUGGUACAAGAAUCAAGUGCAGCUACAGUAGAGACUACGGUAGCUUCAGUCAGUACAACUGUUUCAACAAUCGCUUGUGUCAAUCAGCCUUCCACAAGUCCCGCAUCCCCUGUGAUCAGUUUGAGUCCCGUUCUGUCUAGUACAACACAAACGUUCUUGGCGAAACUUGGAUUCAAGAAGGGAAAAGAUGGAAAUGUCAAUGCAGUGAGCAAGUUCCUGGGAAGAGAUGUGGCUAAUCCGAAUUUGAUUGGAACUGAUAAGGAUGAUGGCGAAAGGCUUGGAAAAAACACUUCCGAUGACGGGAAAAAGGACUCAAAGAACAGUUCGGAGUUUGGAGUGGUCAAAACCAUUGGAAACGGUGCGAGUACAACUUCAGCUGCUGAGCCUGCAACCUCAAGCCCUAAACCUGUUCCAAAGAAAACUACACGACCAGUUUUUAUUACAAGAGUCACUUUCCGGCCGAUCCUGACAUCUUCAACUACUACUGUUGCCCCGAUUUCAAGUUCUUCGGUCCCUUCGACAACAACUGCCACGUUACCGGCUUCUACUUCGACUGUGCCGUCUACGUUGGUCCCAGAGACAACAACUGCUAUCUCAACUACAAUUCCGCCACGGACCCCAACUCGAAGAUUCACCCCCACGCGGUCCCAAUCCUCAAUUCUGAACACUUUGGCCACCGCAACAGCAUUCCCGACUCUUUUGAGUAUGACGAAGGCCGUGAGUUUUUGUUCGUCUUUGAUGUUUUUCGUUCUAUCCUCUCUUACUCGGGGAAAGAGCAAUUUUUGUUAUUCGAAAAACAUAUUCUCUUCAAUAAUGUUCAUGUUUGUUGUAGGUGACACUUCCGAUAAACAAGACGACGGUGGGGAACACGGGACCGGUCAAGCAGAUGAAAAAGAAGAUAAGACGGAUAAUAAAGAGAAGAAGGAAUAUUUUGCCGUCGAGUCAAACCAGGAAAGUGACCGAUAAGGUCUUGGAGGUGAAACACGUUGCUGUGCCGACACCGACGACAUCUCCGGUGAGAAGUACUUUGAAACCGGAUGUCGAGGAGGAAAAGGCAGAAGAAAUCUGUGAGUAAUUUUUGCUUUUUCUCGAUCUGGAUGCGGUUUAGUUCAUGUCAAAGGGCCAGUACGUGCUCUUGUGCUUCUCAUUUCCAUGUAAGUCACUCCACGAGUGCAUGUUCAAAUUUUGUGGCAAAAAGAUCAUAACUUUACAGUAUUUCAAAGACUCGAACCCCUACUCACAUCCAAUUUCAUUCAUAACCCUUCUACUCAUCUCAAGAAAACUCUAUUUGUGUGCCAUCAUAAGCAGAAGCCAAACGAAAAACACUCAUUCCUUACAGCGUCCUCAGGAGUUCAAUGUCCAAUGGACAUACUUUUUGUUGUCGACAGCUCAGGAUCCAUCGCUCGCACUUACGACACCCAGAAGGUGCAUCCACACUAAUUUGAAUAUCAAUAAAAGACACACACUCGGUUCUUUAGGACUUUCUGACAGUGCUCAUCAAAAAAGUGGUACCGAGCCGCAGUCAUCGUGUCGGCCUCAUUCAAUUUGCGGGACGGCAUAUUCAGAAAAUGGAAUGGUCUUUCGAUACACACUCGAAGAACUCGCAACUCUUGUCUGCAAUCCGAAGUGUCAGACAUUUGACAGGUGAAAAUCGGAAUGCAAAGCGGAAAGUUAUCAUGAAUUGGUUGGUUUCAGGAACGACUUAUAUCGGUGCAGCGCUUGAACUUUCGCUCAUUUUGUUGGACUCGAGGCGGAAGCACACUGAGACCACUGUCAUCUUGAUCAGUGAUGGGUUAGUCUGAAGAGAAAAGUUUUGCUGAAAAUGAAAAUCUGCAUGAAACGACAUCAGCAAACAUUUCUUGGACCGAUUUCUUGUAAAGUUUUCGCAAGAUCUCUAGAGAUCACAUUUAUGGGCAGGUCCCUCAGCUCGGCUCAAUUUUUUCACCUAAGAGUUCAAACUUUCCCCCGCAAUGAUUUUAUUUGCAGAUUCUCGCAAGACGAUUCCACGCAACAAGCCAAAUUGCUCCGCCAGCUUCCGAAUGUCAAGAUGUAUGCAAUCUCAUUGAAUAAGUUGACAAACACGUAAGUUCUUCUCCCGCCACCAUAAUCAUCCCACCCCCCCGCACUUGAUUGCAGUAAAUAUCUGACGGACAUCGUGGGCGACCGCAAAAAUCUUUUCGUGAAUGAUGAGAGCAAGUGGUUCGAGGAGUUCUUCACCAAAAAACUGCACUGUGUUCCGACCAGAAGAUAA